GAAACAGGAGGAUAUUCUUGAGUUCCAGGCCAGCCAGACCUACAAUAGUACAUAGCUGGAUGUCUUGCUUUGAGCUAGAUGCAUACUUCCUCCCUUUGGAGUUUUGGUCAAAGAUCAUGUGGCCACAGCCUCACCUAGAGAGGCCUGGGAAGAUUUGGUAUGGGUCUGGGUGAUUCUGAGAGGCUGAGACCCUAUGAGGGUCCUGUGGUAGGCAAGAGUGGGUGGGGUGUUUCUAGCAGGAAACGGAAGUGUCAGUAACUAGCUACUAUACUUGAGAGCUCCGGAGCUCACUUCUCACUAAACACAGCCAGAGUCAGAGGUCGGUUGGUGCCCGUGCAAAGGCCAUCGGAUCAAUGGCUCUGCCUGGUAUCCUCAGAUUUAGGGUGCUGCUAGCCCUGCCAGGGGCCUUGGCCUCCGGGGUAGGCACAGAGGAUGGUGCAGGCUCCAGCUCUGUCACCAUCAUCCUGCUGUUCCUGCUCCUGCUGCUGCUUGUCACUGCCCUGGCCUUGGCCUGGCGUCGCCUCAGCCGUGCCUCCGGGGGCUACUACCACCCAGCUCGCCUGGGUGCUGCCUUGUGGGGCCGCACCCGCCGCCUGUUCUGGACCAGCCCUGCAGGCCGCUGGCUCUGGGCCCGCACUGAGCUGGGAUCCCCAGAGGAAUCAGAGCGGCAAGAGGAUGAACAGGAGGCAGAAGAGGGCUUCAUGACGGAUGGUGACCCUGAGGAAGCUGAUCUGCAGCAAGAAGAGCAGCGGUGUGAAGCAGGAGCUCAGGCCAAGCAGGCCCCAGAAGCACAGGACACAGACAGUGAAGGGGGCCUGGGCCUCAGCUCUCAAGGUCCUGUGGGCUCAGGCAGUAGCGCCGAGGCACUUCUGAGUGACCUGCAUGCCUUUUCAGGCAGCGCAGCCUGGGAUGACAGUGCUGGAAAAGCAGGGGGCCAGGGCCUCCAUGUCACCGCGCUGUAGGAGCCAGCUUGUGCUGUCCAUGCCCCAGCCUCUGACUCUCUCUUUCCAUGAACACAACUGCCCUGGACUUUCGCCACCCCCUUCCCUUGCAGCUUCCCAGACUGCCAUCCCGAUCAGUUUCCCAGAGUGUGCCCCCACCACCACAGGCACCGGGCAGACAUUGAAAAUAAAACUUCUUAAGUCUUGA